AUGAUUUUUAUCGAACAUUUUAUAACCUGUAACAUUGAUGGCUCACCACUUUCUCUACCAGCCAUUAUCAUCUGUAAUCGUAUGCCAUUCUCUCAGGAUGGUACGGACUCGGUGAACAGGGAUCUUCGUCAAGAUCCAGUAAUACGAUAUCUUCUUGAGUGGGCACGCCCAUCAUUAAGAGAUGAACCGGACUAUGUUAGACUAUCGCAUACCUACUUGAAUGCAGGGCAAACGAUCUUGUUGCAAUAUUUGCCGCAGAACAAUCGUAAUCAGAGCAUUAAUCAGAUGGAAUACAUGUGUCAGAGUGUGAUCAAUAGCUGCAGUUACAAGAGAAACAUUCAAGCUUACGAAUGUUGCAAAAAUGUUAUCUACAAAGUCGCUACCACUAACGGCUUGUGCUGGGUGUUCUAUGAUCGUUAUAUGAGCCAGGAUUCAUCUCAACCAAUGCAGCAGUUCUCAUUGACGUUCCAGAUGUCUCGUAAUUCGUGGUAUUCGCAGCAGACUACUCCAAUUCAUCCUGGAAUUGAUAUUUAUUUAAAGGAGAACGUGAACGAUAUCAUGACCAUUGUGAAUCAACUAGAGAAUCCGAUACGACUACUUGACAAGAAGGGUAUUCAUAUAAAGAUACACAAAGAGAAGAGAGUCGAUUUACGUCGUAAACUUUGCGGCAGUUCUUUGAGCGACGCCGAAUUAGCAGAUAAGAAUGCUCUUGCUAGAAAUGAAACGAACAUACUGAUGUGUGUGAUUAUGAUUUCGAUGCAAUACUGUGGUUGCCACCCUUUGUUAGCCGAGAUGAUUCCUGAAAUAUCUUUAAGAGAUUUUUCUCUACGAGUGAAUUCCACUCAAGUAUGUACACUCGACCAGUAUGAGACAUGUGCUAGACCGUAUGUGCACAUGGCACGUCCGUCGUCAUGGCUGGAGCCAGUGCCGAAAGAUAUGCUCGGUGCUGCAGAUAUUUCGUAUUGUCGAAGGAAAAAUCCGUACCCUUGUCAAACGGUGUCCUAUCCCGGUAUUAUCGACCACUACGAUUUACCGUCAGUUUAUCAGAAUACACAGGAUUUCGUUGCACGCCUUGUUCUGCAAUACACGACAACGCAAGUGACUGAGGUGCUGAAGACGAAUGGGUCCAAUGUCUACGAAUUACUCAGCUAUAUUGGUUACAAUAUCGCCACGUGGUUCACCAUUGCAAAAUUUUUUGAAACAGAUACCAGCUACUUUCAAAAAUGUUACUUAUGCUCAUAUGAUUUCAUUAUACAGGCUCCAUUGACUUGUAUUAGUGGGUGUUAUUUAUGA